AUGUCGGCAUGGGUCUCCGUUGACUCUCAGCACAUUCACCUGAGAUCUCGGAAGGUUCUGGUGCUGCCACCAUCAUAUGUGAGGGGUGAUGAGCAGAGUACAGAGGACAUUCCUACAGAUAACCGCCCAGAUGACUGUACCAAAAGCUCAGGAAUACAUCUGAUAUCUUCAGAUUUCAGAGUAGAUGAUCAACGUAUCAAACAAGAUACAUAUGAAGAACAUGCCAUUGCCACACAUCUACCUUCAGCCAUUCAAAGCAAAUAUCUAUUAUCUGAUCCUUGCAAGCAGAUUCUAUCUUCUGAUUCAUCACAGACAGUUACUCAAAAUAAAAGUCACAGAGAUGAAAAUCGAAGAGCUCACACAGGAGAGAAGCCAUAUUUAUGUUCAGAAUGUGGAAAAUAUUUUAACCAUAAAUCGGCUCUUGUUAGACAUGAGAGAAUUCACACAGGAGAGAAGCCGUUUUCAUGUUCAGAAUGCGAGAAAUGUUAUAGUUCGAAAUCAGCUCUUGUUAUUCAUCAGAGAACUCACAUGAUAGAGAAGCCAUUUAUAUGUUCAGAAUGUGGGAAAUGUUUUCACCAGAAAUCAGACCUUUUUAGACAUCAAAAAAUUCACACAGGGGAGAAGCCAUUUUCAUGUUCGGAAUGUGGGAAAUGUUAUAGCUGUAAAUCAGCUCUUGUUCUACAUAAAAAAACUCACACAGGAGAGAAGCCAUAUUCAUGUUCAGAAUGUGGGAAAUGUUUUAUACAAAAAUCUGACCUUUUAAGACAUCAAAAAAUUCACACAGGGGAGAAACCAUUUUCAUGUUCAGAAUGUGGGAAAUAUUUUCAUCAGAAAUCAGAUCUUGUUAUACAUCAGAGACAUCACACAGUUGAGAGGCCGAGGCUAUUUUCAUGCUCUGAAUGUGGCAAAUGUUUUCAACAGAAAUCAGAUCUUGCGAAACAUCAGAGAAUACACACCGGGGAAAAGCCAUAUUCAUGUUCAGAAUGUGGGAAAUGUUUUCACCAGAAAUCAAAUCUUGUUUUACAUCAGCGAAUUCACUUAGGGGAGAGGCAGAGGCCAUUUCCAUGUUCUGAAUGUGGGAAAUGCUUUACAGAUAAAUCGGCUCUUGUUACACAUCAGAGAAUUCACACAGGAGAGAAGCCAUUUUCAUGUUCUGAAUGUGGGAAAUGUUUUAAUCGAAAAGCAAGUCUUAUUGAGCAUGUUAAAAGUCAUACAGUGAAGCAGGUUCCUACAAUAAAGGAUCCGCUUAGUGGAUAUCUUCUAUAUAAGAGCCUUCUCCUGAUUGACCCGUCAAGGAUGGACAGGGACAAGAUGGCGGAGAUAAAGAUCUUCACAGGACCCCUGAUGGUGGGGAUAGACUUUCCCGAGGGGAACACCAGGUCGCUACCUCUUGAGGAGGAUAUGCAAGCAAGGCAGCUGGGUCAGGCGGACCAGGAGGUAUCUGAGAAAGCAGAUGACUGUACCAGAAGCUCAGAGAGAUAUCGGAUAUCUUCAGAUCUUAAUGCAGAUGAUCGGGGUAUCACACAAGAUACAUAUGAAGCACAUGCCAUUGCCCCAGAUAUACCAUCAGCCAUUCAAAGCAAAUCUAUAUUAUCUUAUCCUUUAAAACAGGUCAGAUCUUCUGAUUCAUCACAGACUAUUAACCAAAAGAAAAGUCACAGACAGAGUGACUAUCUGAGAUCUCACACAGGGGAGAAGACAUAUUCAUGUUCAGAAUGUGGGAAAUGUUUUACUCAGAAAUCAUCACUUGUUGCUCACGGGAGAAUUCACACAGGGGAGAGGCCAUUUUCUUGUUCUGAAUGUGGGAAAUGUUUUAGACAGAAAUCAAUACUUGUUACUCAUCUGAGAAUUCACACAGGAGAGAAACCAUUUUCAUGCCCAGAAUGUGGCAAAUGUUUUGCCCUGAAAUCAACCGUUGUCAAACAUCUAAAAGCUCACACACAUGAGAAGCCCUAUUUAUGUUCAGAAUGUGGGAAAUAUUUUCAACUCAAAUCAAAUCUUAUUAAACAUGUGCGAAUUCACACAGGGGAUAAGCCAUAUUCAUGCCCAGAAUGUGGGAAAUGUUUUACAGAUAAAUCAUAUUUUAAUAGACAUAUGAGAAUUCACACAGGGGAGAGGCCAUAUUCAUGUUCUGAAUGUGAAAAAUGUUUUAACACUAGAUCAGAUCUUGUUAAACAUCAGCGAGUUCACACAGGGGAGAGGCCAUUUUCAUGUUCUGAAUGUGGCAGGUGUUUUACUAAAAAAUCAAAUAUUAUUGCCCACUAUAGAACUCAUGCAGGAAAGCAUCCAUUUUCUUCGUAAUUUUUUUGUAAAUAAUAUAAUGCCAGAAAAAAAAUAUGCAUUUUUCGCCCUAUAAGAAAAAAAUAGCAGUGCGUCUUAUGGGGCGAAUGCUGCUGCCAUCAGGUG